AUGAUGAGCUGCUUGUUCUGGUAUACAUAUAAUGCCGGAUCGGAGGGGGCGAUCCUCGUGUUUCCGAUCCUUGCGCUGGACAUCGCUCUGUUCUUUGUGCCGCUAGUUGGACUGUCUAUGCUCGGGAAUAGGGAAUGGUUGGGGCAGAGUUGCACAGGAUAUGCGGCAUGGACGGUGGAGGGGCAUAAUGAUACACUGAGCCCUCAGUGGCGGCCGAGAGACCCACCGCAGUGGAUUGAUCUUAUGGGUAGCGCGUAUAGGACGAAGCCGUUGACGGGGCCUCAUAUGGAGUGUGAGCAGUUGAAGAUUGCUUGGUCCAUGGCCAGCUUCAACAUGACAUUUGCCUUUUUCAUGCUACUGCUGAGAAUGGCGGAAAUCCUCUCCAUGGAGGACUCAUUGCACCGCCGAUACCUCCUCUGGACCGAUCCCAACAAGAUACCGAGCUUGUUCCGACGGAUUAUUGAGCAAGACCCCUCCAACCCCAUGGGUCUACUCGACCCCGGCCGUCCAGCGAGCGAUGCCAGCCUCAGUAGCUUCAAUAGCCUCUUCGACCUCUACCUCCUUCCCCUCAACCCAUACCCCCGUCCCCGUCUCGAGGGAAUCCUAAGUAUCUACCCCAUCCUUAGUGCUCUCACCCUACACCUCCACAGCACCGACUUCCGCGCCCUCCAGCAAACUUCAAACACCAUCAAAGCCGCAAUCCGCCGAUCCGUCGGACGGGACACUUCCACUCUAGCCAAGCUGACAUGCUCGCAUACCGGCCGGCACGCCGACCUCUUCAAGCGGGCACGCUGCGUGCUAUGCGACGAAAACCUAUGCCGACUCGUCGACCGGGUUAACCCGGUCAAUUUCAUCCUCCCAACUGCAAAGCGACUUCUCGACCAAUGCUGCGGAACUUACAUCGCCAACUUCGAAGCGCACGCCCACUGCGUCCGCAUCUGCACCAUUUGCUUCGUCUGGCGGAAAGUCGUCAACUGGGACAACGCCGAUCUUGACAAGGCACCCUGUUUUGGGACGAGUUCCGGUGGCGCUCGUGGUGGUGGAUCCAUAAGGGUGCACCUGGCCACGGAGUGUGCGGGAAGGAUUGUUUUGAUGGGCCUCACCAUCCGUUUACCUAGUGAGGUUUGUGGAGUGUACUCGGGUGUAAGGCCGACUAGGGGUCCCGUAUUCUGUACCCAGCACCUCUGCAAUGACCUCCGGUAA